UGACCCAUAAUAAUUCGCAGUUCGCGAAAGUUCUUUCAAAACUCUUCAUAGCUUUGCUCGCUGUGAAUCGAAGCGCGCUUCAGUUCACCAAAGCACAAGAUGGAUUUUCAGGGAUUCUUAAACGACUUGCAAGAUUGGGAACUUUCUACCAAGGAUAAAGCGACUAAAACCAAGUUACAAAAGGAAAAUAAAUUCACGAAGGGUUCAUCUGCUCUGAGUGAUGGAUCAGUGGGUGUGGAAAAUGGAUCAAGAGGGGAUACUAUUUCUUUUGAUCAUGUGAGAAAAACCUCAGCUAAGUAUGAUUUCUCAAGAAAUAGUGACGUGCUGAGUCGUGUGAGUAGUAGUUUUGCUUCUGAAGAUGUUCCUGAUGCUGCAUCUGAGAAAGACCUGGGUAAUGAGUUUUUCAAACAGAAGAAGUUUAAGGAAGCUAUUGAUUGUUACUCAAGGAGCAUUGCCUUCUCACCAACUGCUGUAGCCUAUGCAAAUAGGGCAAUGGCCCGUAUAAAGCUAAGAAGAUUUCAAGAAGCUGAGGAUGACUGUACAGAGGCCUUAAAUCUCGACGAUCGUUACAUAAAAGCAUACUCUCGGCGAGCAACAGCUAGAAAAGAACUUGGGAAAAAUAAACAAUCCAUGGAGGAUGCCGAAUUUGCCAUGAGGUUGGAACCUAACAAUCAAGAAGUCAAGAAACAGUAUGCUGAUGCCAAGUCACUGUACGAGAAAGAAAUUGUACAUAAAGCAUCUACAGCACUAAGAAACACUGUAGAAAAAGUGGGAAAGUCCAAGACAAAAGUUAAUGGGAACAGCAGCAUCAACUCUGUUUCAAAUGUUAAUCAAAAGUCGGGGCCAACUGAAGCUCAUCAUCAAACAAAGAGUAAUGAGCAGAAAAUUCCUGUUAAAGAAUCACUCUUAUUGGAGGAGAUCAAUAAUAAGGAUACAAAAUCCGGAAGCAGGACCCAAGGACAAGUAGGCAAUGGUUCUAAGGAAGGUUAUAAUGCAAGCAACAGCUUGGAACAGAGAAAUCACAAAACUAGAAAGCCGGAAAUGAAAGCAUCUGUUGAACAACUUGCAUCUCGAGCUGCUUCUCGAGCCAUGGCUGAAGCUGCAAAAAACAUAACACCGCCAACUACAGCUUAUCAGUUUGAGCUCUCUUGGAGGGGGUUUUCAGGUGAUCGUGCUUUGCAGGCUUGUCUGCUAAAGGCAAUGUCUCCCCAUGAAUUACCGAAAAUAUUCAAAAAUGCCUUAUCUUCUACCCUGCUAAUUGAGAUAAUCAAGUGUGUUGCAUCCUUUUUCACUGAAGACAUGGACCUAGUUGUCAGUUAUUUGGAUAAUUUAACCAAGGUACCUAGAUUUGAUGUGAUCGCAAUGUGCCUUCCAGCAGCAGCUAAGGAAGAUUUGCGCAAGAUCUGGAAUGAAGUGUUUUGUAGUGAAGCAACUUCGAUGGAGUAUGCAGAGAUUCUGGACAACCUCCGAUCAAAAUUCUACCUUGGAUAGUGGCAUUCACUUGUAUGUUUUGAUGUCUUUUUCCUUGGUGGAUCCUCUCUUUUGGGCAAUUAUAUUCAAAUGUAAAUUAUUAUGGUAUUAGAUGUUGAGCAUCACAUACUCACUUUAGUUGAACUGUCUUUAAGCGAUUAGCUUAAAUGUGGAGGUAGAAGUAAAAUAGUAAACCUUGCAUGAAGUGGUUGAA